AUGCUCCUCCUGAGCCUUGUCACACUUUUUGCUUCGGCGGUCGGAGCGUCGCCAGUGGUCUUAGAAUCCCGUCGAGCGGGCGAGGCUUUGGAGGCACGAAACGCAAACACCACCUACGAACAAUGCUCUCCGUUCUCUCAGGAUGGGAUCCAGCCGGGCUGCUGGGAGACUCUCGAGAUGAACAAGCAUCUCAACGAUUGGUGGUCCGCAAAUUCCGCGAGGUGCAAUUCGAAAAAUAAGGGCUUCGCCCGAUGCUAUCUGGAUACGGCGGGGCUAAUCACAUGGAAUUGCGACUUCGUUUCUCUCAACGGGUGCACUCCGCCCCCCAGCGGACGUGCGGAUGAGUACGCUUCUUAUCAAGAAUUCUACGUUAUUUGGAAUAUUUACGCCAUCAACCUCUUUUUCACCAACUACCACCAAGCUCUUCUACAGGGCCAGGCAUCAGCCAUCGGAGCGGUUGCCGAAAUUGUCAAAGUUGUCGCACCGCCGACGAAGGAGAACCCGAAAACUCCACUCUUUGCUCCCAUCUUUGGUUCUACGCUAGCCCAGUUUGCGGCUUUAGGUCCUCUUCUCGGUAGCUCUAUCGGAGCAAGCAUAAUGUUUGCGUCUCUGACGGGCACUCUUGGCAACACGGCUGGUGUUUACAAUGCCUUGUUUCCAGUCACCAUGGUGUACCAAGUCUCUUGGGAGCAACUUUCUGCUGCCUUGUCAGACAACGUUAAUGAAUACCAGAAGCGAGUUGGCGAGGCAUUGACAAAGAUACAAACAGACUUCACCUUAUUCUACGAGCUCACUUCAAACGGCGCGUUUAGCCAGCAACUCAGCAACAACCUCCCAAAGAACACGGACUUCAUGUACCAUAACCUUUUGAAGUGGACCCUCAACCAAGCGCUUGCACAAGACGAUUACUUCGCCGUGAAGAACCCCGGCGUUGACCCGCGGAAGAUUCCCAUCGAUCAAUAUGACUGUUCCAAACUUGACGAAUACGGCACUUGUGGGCCGGUUUGGUACGACGGAAAAGACUCGUAUGGGCUUGCCAGAGCCAACGACAUCGGCAUGGAUCGUAUGAAAGACAUUCUUGACGUGGCCUUCAAGAAGAACUGGACUACCCCGAGUGAACUCUACAUUGACGCGCAGUCAUGCCAAGGGAAAAAUGGCUCCGAAGCUUUUGACGUAAACAACCUUUCUCUGAGCUGCGUUUCUAAUCUACCGGUUUGCGAGUUUGACUUCGAUUACAACCCGUAUGAGAUGAUGUGGCUGCACCGCAGUCCACCACAGUUCAAGAAUUGCCCGAGCCAAAAAGGAUGGGGUACUCCCCCAUACUGGGGCAUCUAUGCGGGUGUUCCCCUCCCGUAUCUAGGCCCGUUCUUGUUGUCUGGCGUGGUGUAUGACGAGAGAAGUGGUUGA